AGGCCUUCUCCUAUUGUUGUUUGUUGGAGAUAACAUGGUAUUGUCGAGGAUGAUUAUUGAUGGGUAGUAGAACAGUGAAUACUAAGACCGACAACAGUAACAAGUUUGCGAACGGCAUGCCGAGUUACGCUCCGCCGCUGCCUACUUCUUCCUCCAUGGGUACGGAAGGAACUUCUGUUCUUCCUUCCCGAAUGUCUGAAUUUGGAGGCAUUGAUCAGUCUUUCGGAUUACGUGUGGAGGAUGCUAUCAAUCUUAGCCGAAAUCCUGUAUUCAAUCAAAUGAAGUCAAAUAACCAGCCUCUGGGUGUUGACGUUCAUUUUGGCGCUUUAAAUAAGACAUUACCACUGCAAAAUGACUCAAAUUCCAAUCUGGCUUCUACAUCUGGUGGCCAGCGUGAGAACUGGGGGGAGUCUAACAUGGCAGAUGCAAGCCCAAGGACUGACACUUCAACAGAUGAUACAGAUGAUAAAAAUCAAAGGUCUGAGAGGGGUCAACUAGUUGUUGGGGCUUCUGAUUCCAGCGACAGAUCAAAAGAUAAAACAGAUCAAAAGACACUACGGCGUCUAGCUCAAAAUCGUGAGGCUGCUAGGAAAAGUCGGCUACGAAAAAAGGCAUAUGUGCAGCAAUUAGAAAGUAGCAGGCUGAAACUGACUCAACUUGAGCAGGAGCUCCAACGAGCCCGCCAGCAGGGUAUAUUUAUUUCAAGUAUGGGAGAUCAAUCUCAUUCAAUGAGCGGAAAUGGUGCAAUGACCUUUGAUGUGGAGUAUGCACGUUGGUUAGAAGAACAUAACCGGCAGAUAAAUGAGCUGAGGGCUGCAGUCAAUUCUCAUGCUGGAGAUGUAGAACUUCGGACAAUUGUUGAAAACGUUAUGACGCACUAUGAAGAGAUUUUCAGGCUCAAGGGUGCUGCAGCCAAAGCUGAUGUCUUCCACAUACUAUCUGGAAUGUGGAAAACACCAGCUGAGAGAUGUUUCAUGUGGAUUGGAGGCUUUCGCUCAUCUGAGCUUCUCAAGCUUCUUGGAACCCAUUUGGAGCCAUUGACAGAGCAACAGUUGAUGAACAUUUACAGCUUGCAACAGUCAUCCCAACAGGCUGAAGAUGCGCUGUCCCAAGGAAUGGAUGCAUUACAACAAUCACUAGCUGAGACUUUGGCUAAUGAGUCAUCCACCCCAUCAGGGCCUUCAGGGAAUGUGGCAAACUAUAUGGGGCAGAUGGCUAUGGCCAUGGGAAAGCUGGGUACUCUCGAGGGGUUUCUUCGGCAGGCUGACAAUCUGCGACAGCAAACAUUACAACAGAUGCUGCGGAUAUUAACCACGAGGCAGUCGGCUCGAGCUCUUCUUGCGAUAAGUGAUUAUUUCUCCAGGCUACGAGCCCUGAGUUCGCUGUGGCUUGCCAGGCCGAGGGAAUGAGGCAUUUCAAUGCCUAAUCUGAGCUAUGUUCAAGAACACUAUCAUUGUACACCAAAUUCCUCUUGAAGCCUAGUAGUGUGCUGUAAAAUUUGAUUUGUACACAUCGUCAUAUGUAAUAUAUCUCUCCGCAAACUGCUGGUGCCUGGUUUUAGUACCCGCCUAUCUUAUCUCUCUCUGAUUUUUCUUCUUUAGUUUGAAAAUAGUCUCAAUAAUCUGGGUUUGUUGUAGAUGUUUGAUUGAUAGAAUUGAAGGGAAAAAUAUAGAGUAGUAUUUGUACUUCUGUGUACAAGUGUUCAUUGCUCGAGACAUCAGCUUUGUUUUAUGGGAAAUGUACUUUUUACUCCCAUUACUUGUGGUAUAAUCAAGUUUAGAGCA